GCGCACCAACAACUAACAGUAAGAGAACGUCAUAACACAGGCACAUAAACUGUCUAAGAGGGUUGAAUAUAAUGUAGGCACUAGCGCAGGGGUGGGCAAACUUUUUAGCUCGAGCUCCACAGUGGGAUUUUGAAAUUCAACGGAGGGCCGCAUUUUGGGGGGGACUAAUUGUUUGUUAAAAUCUAUUUGCGGGGUCUCCCGAGUGGCGCAGAAUUUAAUGUAAUGUAGGCCGUGACUGGCCUCACACUCCAGUACAGUAGGUGGCAAUGUAUGCACAUUAAAGUUGGAUGCGAUCCGCUUAACAAACCCCGACGAAGAAGAUGAACACGAGGAAGAGCAAGAGCUCUGCUCGUGUUCUCUGCGCAGAAUCUAUGGUGAUUAAUCCAAAACAAGCGCGCGGAUAGAUGGAUGUCAACAUGAGGAGGAAGAGGUCUACCUUUGUUUUCAUUGCAGCCACUUCCUUCUAAAUCACGGUUUACUGAUUUUUGUUAUUGCGAUAACUGAAUUCUGUGAACUGAACGUUAGUUUUCUUACUUGCUGACAACAUGUAUGACAGCCUGCUAGCUAGCUGGUUUGUCAGACGCUAGCCAUCUAGUUGUAACCGGAAUUUGAUUUGAUGAAAUGGUGCUACCAGAGAAAACAGAAUCAACAAACAGAAUAUAGACCUUAUACAAACAGACAGUGCACCAGCUAGGGUGUUUUCUUCAAACAGUCGAGAUGACGGAUGCAAGCUCUGAACCAGCUGGAAUCAUCAAGGCCAUUGACAGGCACUCUGUUCAUCAGAUCUGCUCUGGACAAGUUGUGUUGACCCUGGCUACAGCUGUCAAGGAACUGGUUGAAAACAGUAUUGAUGCAGGGGCCACCAAUGUUGACAUUAAAUUGAAGGACAGUGGAACAGAGCUUGUAGAAGUGUCUGACAACGGCAAAGGAGUGGAAGAGGCUAAUUUUGAAGGACUAACCUUGAAGCACCACACAUCGAAGCUGAAGGAUUUCUCUGACCUUAUCCACGUGGAAACAUUUGGCUUCCGAGGGGAAGCCCUCAGCUCUCUUUGUGCCCUCAGUGACCUCAGUGUUGUGACCUGUCAUGAGGAUGCACAGGUGGGCACCAAGCUGGUGUUUGACCACAACGGUCACCUGACCCAACAGUCGCCCCACCCCAGGCAGCAGGGCACCACGGUCAGCCUGUCGCAGCUCUUCUACACCCUGCCCGUCAGACACAAGGAGUUCCAACGCAACAUCAAAAAGGAAUACACCAAGAUGAUUCACAUCCUCCAGUCCUACUGCAUCGUCUCAACAGGGGUUCGUAUCACCUGCACCAACCAGACGGGACAGGGCAAACGCACCCCGGUCCUCUGCACCAGCGGCAGGCAGAGCAUGAGAGACAACAUUGGAGCCAUAUUUGGCCCCAAACAGUUGCAGAGUCUGCUUCUAUUCCAGCAGCUCUCGCCAACAGACAACAUCAAGGAGGAUUAUGGACUGAGUAAUGCAGACCUACCCAAAGACCUCUUCGCAAUCUCUGGUUUUGUGUCGCGAGGGGAUCAUGGUGUCGGGAGAAGUGCCACAGACAGACAGUUCUUUUACAUCAACAAACGCCCGUGUGAUCCUUCUAAGGUCUCCAAGGUUGUGAAUGAAGUGUAUCACACCUUUAACAGACAUCAGUAUCCGUUUGUUGCAUUGAACAUCACUGUUGCCUCAGAGUGUGUGGAUGUGAACGUCACUCCAGACAAGCGUCAGAUCUUCCUCCAGGAGGAGAAACUCCUGCUAGCCAUCAUGAAGAGCUCUCUCAUCGCCAUGUACGAGACUGGAGUCAACAAGAUCAGCCUCAACCACAUGUCCUUCUCCACCACCAGUAAACACACUUUACAAGAUUCCUACAGACCAGCAGAGCCUCCAUCUGAUAUGGAAGGAUGCCAGGUUCCAUCAUCUGAAACGGCUCCUGAAGCUGGAGAUGAUUCAGAAUCUGUUAUACCAAGCCCCCAGUCUUCUCUCAACUUGGCUGGAUUGAAGGCUGCUUUCUCCGUGCACAACAGCCCAGGCAGUAGGUCCAAGUUGAGCACUGCUAAAGCUGCUAACACUGGUCCAACCCAGAAGAAACUGCAGUCUUUCUUCGGAGGCUCUGACAAGAGUCAGAACACACAUGGGCCAAGUUUACAAUCUCCUUUGAAAAUCAGUCGAGGUGCAGUGAAAUGUUCCCCUGUGGGGAGGUCUGUGCUGGAGGGGUUCAGGUAUGGAAUGACGCCGGACAGCGACAUAGACUCUGGCAGAGAGAGCGUCCUGUCGGAGCACAGCUCCCCCACAGCCACCCCAGAGAGUCUCUGUGCUACUACAGGGUCAGACUUCAACUCACCAGACAACAUAGUAGAUGACGAGCCCAUUAUAAAAAGCGAGGCACUCAAUGAACCUUUCAACGAGGAACACACAGUUGCUAAGCACUUCGACCGGCCGAUUGAACCACGUAUUUCAGAGAUGUCUGAGGAAAUGAGCUUCAGUCCCAACGCCAAGAAGGUCAAACUAGAGGAUGGUCAGUUCUCCUUAGAGUACAAGACCACACAUUCAGCCGGUUCUGAAGGAUCCUCUGGGUCUAAUGUGGACGCACCAGUCUGUGUACAGAAGAGGACAGUGCCACUGCAGUUCUCUGUACAGGAGCUGUUUGGGAGGGUGAGAAGGCUUCAGGAACAGCGUAGAGAGAAGGCUGAAGACAGGCUGCGCUACAGACGCUUCAGAGCCAAAAUCAGCCCUGGAGAGAAUCAGAGUGCUGAGGAUGAGCUGAAGAAAGAGAUAUGCAAAGACAGUUUUAAGGACAUGGAGAUAAUCGGCCAGUUUAACCUGGGCUUCAUCAUAACUAAGCUCAACUCUGACAUCUUCAUGAUAGACCAGCACGCCACCGACGAGAAGUACAACUUUGAGAUGCUUCAACAACACACUGCACUACAAGGACAGAGACUCAUUGUUCCACAGAAUCUCCACCUCACAGCAGUCAGCGAGAACGUUCUCAUGGAGAACCUUGAGAUCUUCAGAAAGAAUGGCUUUGAUUUCCUCAUAGAUGAGGAGGCCCAGGUGAUGGAGCGAGUGAAGCUGGUGUCCCUGCCAACCAGUAAGAACUGGACAUUUGGUCCGGGGGACAUCGAGGAGCUCAUCUUUAUGUUGAGUGACAGCCCAGGGGUCAUGUGUCGGCCGUCUCGUGUCAGGCAGAUGUUCGCCUCCAGGGCCUGCAGGAAGUCGGUGAUGAUCGGGACUGCUCUGAGCACCAGUGAAAUGAAGAAGCUUGUGGUUCAUGGGGAGAUAGAGCAGCCUUGGAACUGUCCACAUGGCAGACCCACUAUGAGACACCUUGCAAACUUGAAUAUCAUCUCAGAAGACUGAAGUUUACAUUGGUUUCUCAACUCAGCUGGACCAGCUCAAACAGAUACACUGAAUACCUCUCUAAACAGUGUUGGCCUGCUCUUAUCUGAAUAGACACUAGGUUGCUUUUCACCCCCAAAACAUUGACGAACUCAUUAUGUAAAACCAAGCACUGUUAGGUUUUUCUUUUUUUCUAUCUUCACGUUUCACCAAUUUGUCACAGCAUGUUCAUGUUCAGCCUCCAUAUUUGUUUUAUAUUUCUACAAAUUUUAUUAUUUUAAGUACGCAUUCAAUAAAAUAAUCCAAACACAAAUGCUCUGACAAUUUCAGUACAUAAACCCAACUUGAAUAGAACAAUAUUUGUGUUUUUACUGUAAAUACUUUCUUGACAUACUGAUGAUUCCAUACUGAGAUCCUUAGCAUGGUAUAUUUACUGAACUGCAUCAGCUGGAUGACAAAGUGAAAUGGCAAAAGGGGUUUAAACAGAAAAAAACCUGAGAUAACGACUCACAAACGGUCAUUAAGUCAACUGUUGGCAAGCUGGUGUUGUCUUGGAACCACACGUUGUCAGGGGUGUCAAACUCAUUCCAUGGAGGGCCUAUGCCGUGUUCAAAUGCUAAUCGACUUGCUGAUUUGUUGCGGCACGUGUAUAUCUACAACCAGUUAGCAAGUCGGAAAUUUCAGAGUUUCCUAGUUCCGACUAACGUGAACGUGGCAUUAGUGUCUGCAAGUUUUUGUUUCCAAUUAAGCUCUAGACAACCAGGUGUGGAGAGUUUUUUUAGUACAAGGGAGGGGAAGAAACUUGCAAUCACUCUGCCCUCCGUGGAAUGAGUUUGACACCUGUGUUGUAGAUGAAGAGUGGGAUAGGACACAUUUAAUGACAACCACCAUUCACUGACAAACAAUUUGAGAGAAGUGAUGAGCCCUGGUCUUCCUAAUAUUAUUGUCCAAAGGUAAACCAUUGCUCAUCAUUCGCCUCUCUCUGAACAUGAAACAAUGCCUCCAUAUUGUUUGUUUUUACCAUAAUAAAUUAAGCAUACAUUGCUCAGCCUGCUAACUACAUGAUCAAUGAAAACAAUCUGCUCACUCGAGUAUGAUGAUAAGUAUCAAAAGCAGUUCCAUGGUGAAGGUGUGGCAUAUUUUCAGGGAGAACAUGUCUUUAAGGUAUUUCAUUAUGCCAUUUUUCCAUAUCACAUUGUAUCCUGAACAAAAAUAUAAACGCAACAUGUAAAGUGUUGGUCCCGUUUUUUAUGGGCUGAAAUAAAAAUUCCCAGAAAUGUUCCACAUGCACAAAAAGAGUACUUCUCUCAGAUUGUGUAUAAAAUUGUUUACAUCCCUGUUAGUGAGCAUUACUCCUUUGCCAAGAUAAUCCAUCCACCUGAAUGCUGUGGCAUAUCAAAAAUGGUAUUAAACAGCAUGGUCAUUACACAUGUGCACUUUGUGCUGGAGACAAUAAAAGGCAAAUGUCCAACAGAGCUGUUGCCAGAGAAUUGAAUGUUAAUUUCUCGACCAAUAAUCUGUUUCCGACAUCGAUUUAGAUAAAUUGCCACUACAUCCAACCGGCCUCACAAUCACAGACCACAUAACCA